AUGGAGAAACUUAGGGUUUUGUACCGUUUGAUACUGACGAUAACGUGCUUGGUGUGUUACGGGUUUAAUGUUGGGAAGUGUUCAGAAUUCGAUUUCUUGAUCGAGACUUACGUGUCAUCAUCAUCAGUGCCGUCGUGCCGAGUAAAGUGCAACUAUGAUGCUUCUCAUCAUGAGGGAGAUGUAGUGUCCGGACUUGGAUGGCUAAUACGGAACUCCCAAGGGACGGUAUUAGAGUGCGGCAUGGGUAAAUUCCAAGGCCGAAUGACACCGGAAGAGGCUGAAUGCUCGGCACUGAUAUGGGCAAUACAAGCCACCUCCGCUUUUGGAUAUACAAAGGUAAUAUUUGAGGGAGAUAACAGUAACGUUAAUCGUCUGAUAAACACAAAGUCAGAUAACCCCAGGCUCAAACAUUAUCUCGAUACCAUAAAAAGUUGGAUUCCAAGCUUUACAUCAACGGAGUUCAUCUUCACACACCGAGAACAAAACCAAUGUGCUGAUACGCUAGUUAAGAAGGCUAUCAAGUCUUCUACUCAAUGGUCUUUGUUUAAUUGUUGUCCUCAUUUCCUUUAUCCCAUUGUUCUGUCAAUACUAGGACAGCCACAUCUCAAUUUUGCUGAUUGGUCUGGCCUCAUUGCGUGGUUACCCCUCCUCCUACGGAUUACAGAGCUUAACUCUCAAACGCCUCACGUAAUGGUUAUGUUCACAGCCCGGUGGUGCGGACCGUGUCGUGACAUGAUCCCCAUACUGAACAAAAUGGACUCGGAAUACAAGAAUGAGUUCAAAUUCUACACAGUAAACUUUGACACAGAGAUAAGGUUCACAGAACGUUUUGACAUAAGUUAUCUCCCGACCACUCUCGUCUUUAAAGGCGGUGAACAAAUGGCUAAAGUCACCGGAGCUGACCCAAAGAAGUUAAGGGAACUCGUCAAGAAGUACAUAUGAGUUACCUUGGCUCGUCCGUUCAUAUAUUUGCUUCUUCAUUUGUCAAAACCUUUGCUUUUACUAUGUUGUUGAGUGUUGUUUGUCUCCUUUACUACUACAAAUA